AAACCAGUAAGGCAGGGCAGUCAGCAGUGAACUGUGCAGAGACUGCUUUAAGUUAUUAUUCUACCUUUUAAAGUGCUUUAGCAGGAUAAAGUAACUUUUACGGCAAGGGUCUUUGCUGAAAUUAUAUUUUAAAAAGCGGGAAAGAGGCUGAGAAACGGCAGCGUCAGUCGGUUUAAGGCGGAAAAAAGUUUUAAAAAAGCCCGACGGAGGAAUUCAACCAACAGCAGGAUGGAUUUUAUCAGCUUCAGCUAACUCAACUGAAAACUUCCAGAACAUGUUGGAGAAAAGAGCUGUGGAGCUUCCGCUGGAGGAGGAAGUCAGAGGAAAAAACGUGAAGGAACCGUUCUGCAGCCAGUACCGCUGCGGCUCUCUGCUGGGCAGCGGCGGGUUCGGUUCGGUGUUCUCCGGCCUGAGGCUCUCGGACGGACUGCAGGUUGCCAUUAAACAGAUUUCCAGUGACAGAGUGCAGCAGUGGGCCAGACUGCCCGGAGAGGUCGGCCCCGUUCCCAUGGAGAUCGCUCUGCUGCAGCGGCUGUCGGAGGUCGGGGGUCACGGUGGGGUCGUCCGCAUGCUGGACUGGUUCGAGGUGGAGGGGCGGGGCUUCGUGCUGGUGCUGGAGCGACCGCAGCAGUGUCAGGAUCUGUUCGACUUCAUCACCGAGAGAGGAGCGCUGCCCGAACGCCUGGCGCUCCGGUUCUUCCGGCAGAUCGUGGAGGCGCUGCGGUUCGUUCACGCUCACGGCGUCGUGCACCGAGACAUCAAGGACGAGAACGUCGUGGUCGACACGAGGACGCUCGACGUCAAGAUCGUUGACUUUGGAUCGGGAGCUCCUCUCAAAGAGACGCCGUACAGCGAGUUCGAAGGGACCCGGGUCUACAGUCCUCCGGAGUGGAUCCUGUCUCAGUCCUACGAGGGCGUCUCUCUGACGGUCUGGUCUCUGGGCGUGCUGCUCUUCGACAUGGUUUGCGGCGACAUCCCGUUCGAGCGCGACCAGGAGAUCGUCGGGGCCACGCCCAUUUUCACCAGACGAGUCUCUAAAGAAUGCCAGUCUCUGAUUCGCCGGUGCCUGUCGUACCGUCCCGAGGAGCGCCCGACGCUGGAGGAGAUCCUGUCUCACCCCUGGAUGGAGGGGGAGGAGGAGGGAGGAGACCUGCAGGAGGACCACAGCUCCUCUCUGCCCAGCCAGUCCCUGUAACCACACAGUCACAAUAAACGUAACCCUAAACCCGCUCCCUGGUCUCCUCGGAGACGCCUCAGACUCAGGACUCUGGACUUUCGGUGCCCUGCGCUCAGACUGCAGGACUCAGAAACUAAAACCUCACUCUGGAUUUUAAAGGAGCCGGUCCUCGGAUACUUCCAGAGAAAACUCUUUAUCUUCCCGAGUACUCCCGUCCCCGCUGCCUCGGCGCGCCGCGGUCAGGUUUGGCAGCCAUGUCUGAUUUGGGCAGAACGACUUCCUGUUUGGUUAUUUAUUGAACUGAGUAUUUAUUUGGCGUUGAAGACGUGGACAUCAGGCCUUUCUUCUUCUUCUCUUACUCACGUCUGAACUCCUGUUCCUGUUUUCUGUCUUCGUCUUCAUUUUCUGGACGUUUCCCCGUCAUUUUUCUAGAGAAGUUGGUCGAAUAUAUAUAUUUAUUUUAUUAACUAUGAGAAACAUGGAGAAAGUUUUCAGUUGUAAAUGAGAGACAGUUCGUUUACUCUCCAAACAACAGCUCACUGAUUAUUUAAAAUGGCAGAAAAUGCUCGUCACGCCCGAGAAGCUAAAAGUGGCUUCUUGGUUUAAAACACACACAGUUUCACACUAAUCCAGAACGGCCAUUUCCUGUUCCAGCACCAGCGCUGGCGGCGGACUGUCGUGUCCUCGCCUUCCUCUCCAGAGGAGGCGCUGCGGUGAGGAAGGACAGCGCACGGCUUCACGCCAGCAAGCGACUUUGAAAAGCUCCCGGGACGUUAAGUGACGGCCGUGUGAAGUGAAACUAGAACAGAUCUUCUUCUUCUUCAGAGGAAGAAGAGUUAGUUUGACUGUAAAGUCAGAAUCUUCGUUUAACGUUGGCACAAAGGUGUUUGUUCUCGUUCCCGUGUGACAUCACAUCUGCUUCAGUUUCAGGUGAUUCGCGGCUGUGAUGUCACUGUAAAUACUUGUGUAUUAUUGGCUGGUGUUAUGAUCAAAGUGGCUCGUUGGUCACUUGUUUCUGUUUAUUUACAUUAAAUAAGAAUUUAUGGAUCGAAAGAGAAAAAAAAGAUCCACCGUUUGAAUAAAACAGUUUUUGUCACUUC